AAUCCAAAGCCAGUGAUAUCACCUCGGUGUCCCGGCAACCCUGUAUUCCACAAGCUGAAUGGGACAUUAAGCUCCUAAUAGCAGAUCUAAAACACACUAUGAGGGCAGACCUUCAAAAACUGGCAAUAGAAAUCAAGAGAGAUGUGCAAGCCAUAGGGGACCGGACAGCGCAUCUGGAGGAUAAAAUGGAGGCAGUCAUUGAAGCACACAACACCUUGGCUGAUGCGUACACUACCUCCCAAUCCCAACUACAACAAAUGGAAAUGAAAAUGGUGGACCUCGAAGACAAGGCCCGCAGGAACAACAGCCGUCUGCGUGGCAUACCUGAGGACAUCAAAGCACCUGAAUUGAAGGA